CCCGCAAACCAGGCAUGAGCCUCGAAGCCUUCGUCGACCACUACGAGAACAAGCACAUCCCACUUGUCCUUGAGGUACUUGCCGAGCAAGCCCCUGUCCGCCACACUCGCCACUACAUCAAGCGCGACCCAGCCGAUGCUAAAGGAAACGAAGUCCCUCCACCCCUUGUUUUCUUUGGCGAUGCGGCAACUAUCGACUACGACUGUAUUACUACGGUUGAGUUGAGGGACGAAGCGCAUUUCCAAGCGUUCAAUGAGAAGUUUGCGAGUAGUCCGCGCAGGAAGGAGAUUGAUGAGGAUCAGGCGGCGUUUGCUGAUGGGAGCAAGUUCCGUGUUGUGGCGGUUGAGAGUCCGAGGAUUACGGAGCCUUGAUGGAUUGGAAUUAUCACGGAGGGAAUGGCUAUUUGACAGCCAGUUGUACAUGCACGCCUUAGUUCACGGGAUCUUGGAAUGUAUCCAUCGUUAUCGUUGAUGCCGGGGUAUACCUUCCGUAGCACCGUUCUCUCUGGAUCUGCCACUAGUGCUCCCAAAUUAGUUAGGGUGAUUUCCUUCAAACAAACCCGUUGCUGAGAUAGCAACAACACACCAAUAUACAUCACAAUCAUACCCAUUGACAGUUAUCACAUUGCAAAGGUUCAUACAAUCGAAAAGAUGUCAUUCAAGAAAUCCAU